AAAGUUUGAGUCGCUGAGUGGGGUCCUUUAUCCCAUCUUCUCUUAUAAUAGGAAGAUUGGAGUCGAAGGCUGGUGGCUAAGAUGCAAGAAGAGAUGGCGGACGGUGGGAGGAAGCUUGUGACUCUCGAUGACCUCAUCGAUGCUCUGGACAAGGGCGAGAGGGCGCCGAGCAACGUCCCAAAAGUCGAGACAUUCCACUUCGAAGGGGAUCGGGUAUCUGAUUGGUUGGAUCUGACAGAGCAGGCGCUGGUGGGACUGUCAGAUGAGGUCAAGCUCCAGCGGGUCCUGAGGUAUGUCCUGCACAGUCACCAUCGGGAAGUAACUAAGGUUGUGGACACCACCGGUCGCAGUUGGGCAAAGUUUGGAGACCUAAUGCGAAGGAAGUAUAGGCUGGGGGACGGCCUGUUGACCAUGGCCAACUUGGAGGCCAUGAACAAGGAAGACUUCUCUACCAUUGGGGCGUUUGUGCACGAGUUCAAGAAAAGGGCGAGGAAAGUGCACGGGAUUUCUGAGGAGACGCAGUGCGCCACAUUUUUGGGGCUGCUUACAGGCUCGGAGGCCACAGAGUUGACGAAGUAUGGGGAAGGAAGCGAGAGGCUCACCUGGGCAACCAUUGACAAGGGAGUAGAAGAAGGAGAGGGAUGCAACUGCAUCCGGGACCCCAGGGGUGAAGAGGAUAGUCACGGACGUGUUGGCGGCACAAGGGAAAGGCAAGACCCCGGCGUAAGAGUCGAGGAGAUUGUGGAUGAAAAUGAGGUAGUAACUCAGCGGUUGAAGGCGGGGGCUAUAAAGGAGGAACCCAUCGUUGUUGAGUCUGACGAUGAGGUGCAGGAAGUGGUGAGAGAGUCAGCCUCGACCAUCCUGGAGAGGAUGGAGGACCUACUUGCAAAGGUCGGCAGGUAUCAGGAACGACUAAGGGCAAUGUGUGAAAAGGCCCGGGAAUGGGAAAUGAGCCUUCCUGAGGUGAUGCUCUAUGGGUCCGGUCCGGAGUCGUCGUCAGGACCACUAGGAUGUCCAAGCGUGGCGACAGUCGGGGCAGGUCCUAGGUCAGGGAUGACCUUCAGACCCCCUACGUCGUAUGGAAGGGUACCUCAGGCCGCGCAGACUAGGGGCCAAAGUAAGGCUACCACCAGUCAAGGGCCUAACCAGGCACCCAGUCGGGCGCCCCCUCGAAAGGACCCUGAGCCCGAACGAAGGAAGGAAGUGGUAGAGGUUCAAGAAGAGGAAGAUGAGGGUGAUGACGAAAAGGACGAGAGGCUCCGGCAGGAGGAGGACCGAAGGGCGGAACAGAGCGCCAAGAAGAGAGGGGCUCAGGGAGGGGCGGAGCCGAGUCUGUAUGAUGGCGUGCCAAAGAGGAAAAAGUACGCGGUCCGGCUGGAGGAAGGCUUUGAUGUGGAGCGAAUGGUCGACAAGCUCCUGGAARGCCAUAACGAUUUGAUGAAUCUWAAGGACAUUUUGGCCUCGGCACCCAGGCUCCGUGGUGAGCUGAAAGGGCGGCUCUCGCGAAGAUUAGUGCCCAAUGUCCACCUGAGCUCAAUUCUGCCURGGGAGAUAGAGUGGACAGAGGCAGGCACCAGGAUGGAUUGGAAAUGUGUGGCAUGUGGGUUGGUGGACUUGAAGGUGGAGGACCAGCCGAGCAUCGCAAUGGUGGACACGGGCGCGGAGAUGAAUAUCAUCCGGGAGCGGGACGCGACCAUGUUGGGGUUGGAGGUCGACCAUUCGGACCAUGGGGUGUUGCAUGGCGCCAACUGAAGGGCCAUUUUUUGCGGCACCGCGUCUAAUGUGA